UGCAUAUGCGUAUGUGUGUGUGUGUUGGAUAUUGGUGGAGACGAUUUUAUGGAAACGAAGAAGACCUUGGUUUUUAAUAAACGAGCUGUGCGGGAUUGGUAAAAGAUGCUCAUUCUAGUGUCAGCAAUCGUGCCAUAAAGAAUCACCGAUGGCCAAUUUCAGUAUGUCCAAUUACUUUCUGUUAGCCGUUGCGGCUCUUCUAGUUACACAAGCUAUCAGCCAGAGAAGAUUUAACAAUGCAAAUUAUCAGCAGCAGCAGCAGAAACAGCAACAAAACUUUUACAACAAUCCUAGCCCCAAUACAGUUUCGAACGUUCACUGUCCCGAGGCUAAUGGAACAUUUGCGACAAGCACCUGCGAUGGAUAUAUCGAGUGCAAGGAUGGUGUAGGUGAAGAGAAGUUAUGUGCCGAUGGUCUUCUGUUCAAUCCUGAUGUCAGGGGAUUCCCCUGUCAAUACCCCAUCGAUGUAGACUGCACCGGACGUACAGGAACUCAACCACCCCAAGCGACUGAGGAAUGUCCUCAUCAGUACGGUUACUUCGCUCUCGGAGAUGCCACCCACUGCGGACAGUUCAAGAAUUGCGCUGCCGGUCGUGGAUACACCUUCGACUGCCCCGAAGGAUUGGCCUUCAAUUCGCAGUCGUACAGAUGCGAUUGGCCCGAUCAGGUGCCAGACUGCGACGCCGAAGCUUUCUUGGGAUUCUCGUGUCCACCGGUCGCGAAGGGAUUCCUCAGCGAGGAGUACAGGUACUUCCGGUCGCCGAACGACUGCCAGAGGUACUUCGUGUGCGUGAGCGGAAAACCGCGUAUGUACAAUUGCGGCGAGGGUCUCGCCUACAACGAGCUGAGCCGCGAGUGCGAUGGCAUCGAGAACGUUACCGGAUGUGCACCAGCUUACAAUGCCAACUACGAUCAGCAAUUGAAGAAACAACAACAACAGCCUUUGCAACAACACAAGCCCCAAGUCUUCAGGGGUUGAUCCGACUUUAGUCAAUAGAUU